AACUGAAUCGUCAUUUCCGGUUUGCCCAGCAUACACGCUGCCGAAUCGCAACACUAAAGAAAAACAGAAACGACCUGCGUUUGCCACAUUUAAACAUACUGCUGUUAUAAAACAGCUGGAGCUGGUUGGCGGUAUUUCGUAUUGAUUAAGACAACAUGGUUCCGUCAGACUGUAAGGCCCUGAUAAAGAGGUUUUAUCAGCUUCAGUCUGAGCGGAUAGAGACGUAUCAACUAUUUGAAGAAGGACACGAAGCCUACUUGAGGACUGGGCCGCAUUACGACUUUGAGCACUAUAAGCAGUUGGUUAACGAGAUAACUCAGGCCUUCAGUGGCAUUUCUAAGGAAGUUCUGGAGAUCAAGGCGAGGCUUCAUCGAGAUUUUGACCGAGCUGACCUCUCCGAGCACAUCGAAAAGCUGCAGAGCAAAGAGAAGCAGAAACUUGAACUGACGGCCAAGCUGCAGCUGGCCAAGCAGCAGGCCCAGGAUCAGCCGGAGGAUGAAGGAUCUCAAGAAAGAAUUCAGGAGCUCAAGCACGAGAUCAUAAAGAACAAAGAGGCUCUGAGUGAAAUCAUGCAGGACUUUAAAUACGACUCAGAAGAGUGUGAUUGACAGCCGACUCCCUGGACGUCUGCACCGGCAGCCCUGUCUCAUGACGAAACCGCGGGGCCGACAGGCCGACUUCGCCCUGAUGCAACUUCCAUCUCAGCUCUUAUUGAUUGGCCUCAGGCUCCGCCCUGCUCACUGCUGCAGUCUGAUCCCACCCAGGGGGGCUCUCCCAGUCCGCCUCGGUGUGUUUUUAUGUGGAAUCAUGCGUUUGUAUUUGCUGCAUUGCUCAACACAUGGAAUAUUCAUAAUGUGAUGAAAUGUUUGUUAAAAACACCAAGAUGAAAUCAUUAUUGGAGCUCGUCCAACUAA